AGGAGGACAAGCGGAAAGCGUACGUUAAACACGUGGCUAAAAUCUUCCAGCUGGCUGGGUUCGACAACGUGGAUGAGGCGGCUCAGCAAGUAAUGGAUGUUGAGUUGGGGUUGGCUAAGGUGUCUAAGACCAACACCGAGCGUAGAGACGUACAAGCGUAUGUCUUAGCAGCAAGCCUCAUAUCAUGCCUUCGGUUGCUAAGGAGAAUGAGACCAAAAGCUUGUUAA